UUUUUUUAUAGAACAAGCACAAAGAAUCUGGUUUUGAUUUGAAUAAUUUAUGUUUUUGCACUCUGGAUCUGUUUGGUGCUGGAACUGAAACGACCACUACCACUUUACACUGGGGACUGCUGUUCAUGAUCAACUACCCUCAUAUUCAAGAGGAAGUCCAGGCAGAGAUAGAUUCUGUGGUUGGUUCAUCCAAGCAGCCGUCUGUGACUGACAGAGAAAACAUGCCGUACACUGACGCAGUCAUCCAUGAAAUCCAGAGAAUGGCUAACAUUCUUCCCCUCAAUUUGGUCCGCAUGACAAACAAGGAGACCACACUGGACAAGUACACUUUCCCGAAGGGCACCAUGGUCCUGCCCACACUGGUCUCCGUUUUACGAGACGAGUCCAUUUGGGAAACUCCUCACACCUUCAACCCUCAGCACUUUCUGGACCAGGAUGGAACAUUCAGGAAGAGAGAAGCCUUCCUUCCUUUUUCAGCAGGUAAGCGUGUGUGUCUGGGGGAGCAGCUGGCCAGGGCCGAGUUAUUUCUCUUCUUCACCACCCUCCUUCAGAGAUUUUCCUUUGCGCCCCCCCCAGGGGUGCAGCCAACUCUGGAGUACAAGUUAGGAGCCACGCACUGCCCCAAACCCUACAGCCUCUGUGCUGUCCCACGAUAAACCCCCAACUGUCCCAAACUCAACCUCACACAUCAAUAACUGUGUUCCUACAUUUAUCUCGUUAUAUAUCAAUAUCUACUCUGUGAUAAUCUCUCAGAGAAUAAAACAUUGUUGGGACUUGGUUUUCUUCUAUUCAAUUAGUUGUCUUUUUAAGCUUGGUAAUAUAAUGUACUAUAUUUGUAUACAUAUUUGUAUUAUUGUAUAUUUGUAUUCGGGAUUGUUGGAAACGUUAUUUCGAUCUCUCUGUACACACAAACUGAAAGAUUGACACUAAAGUUGACCUUGACUUUGACUACUGUAAUCAAUAUCCAAUAAAAAUAAUUGACAGUUUAAAUACUACUACCUUCCUUUCUACUGCAAAUAAACGUAGGGGUGAGUGGGGUAAGGUGAGCCAAUUUGUACUUAUGCUGUCCUUUUAGGCUAGGAACAAUUAGAUAGUCAAAGUCUUACGACAACAACGAGCUUUACUUCAGGAACUCUUCUGUCAAUCAAAAUGAUAAUAAUGCUGGUCAGCAGUUUUUGGAUCUGGUCUGAUGCCCCUUCUCUCUCCUGUGAAGACCCUCUGGAGACGCUGUAGUACAUAUGCCAGGCCUGUAGAUGGUGCUGUUCUCACAGAAUCAGCC